AUGGAGCCCGCUGUGAAGGAGAGUGUCUCCCGCAUCCCGCUGCUCAAGACAAAGGCCGGCCCACGUGACAAUGAGAAAUGGACACAACGUCUGAAGGAGGAAUACAUGUCCCUUAUCAAGUACGUGGAGAACAACAAGGCAAGUGACAACCACUGGUUCCAGCUAGAGAGCAAUGAGGCCGGCACACGCUGGUACGGCACCUGCUGGGCUUACUACAAAAACGAGAAGUACGAGUUUAAGGUAAACUUUGACCUCGCCGUCACGUAUCCGCAAGCCCCACCAGAAAUUGCCCUGCCCGAACUGGAGGGCAAAACUGUUAAAAUGUACCGCGGGGGUAAAAUCUGCAUGACAACCCACUUUUUCCCCUUAUGGGCACGGAAUGUCCCUUACUUUGGCAUCAGCCACGCGCUUGCUCUCGGAUUAGGUCCGUGGCUUUCCGUUGAGGUGCCGGCUAUGGUAGAGGAGGGUAUUUUGAAGCCUACCAACAAAAAAUAA